ACGGGCCACGUUGCAACCCCAACCAAACGUGGACUCUCUCUCUCUCCUCCAAAAUUUUCUCUCUCCUCCAAAAAUUGAUACCGAAUAUUCCCUCAGUAUGAUCCCGUCUCUCUCUCUCCCUCUCUGCUUAUAAAACCUCCGCUCCCCUCCGUUUCAAACCCCACAGAAAGCCAAAAUCAAUAAAAUUACUAUGUGUGAAGGACUAAAUCGCGACUACCAACUCUGCGAAGAACUCGGCCGCGGGAGAUUCGGCGUCGUCUACCGGUGCCUCUCCAUCGCCUCGGGCUCCCCCUUCGCCUGCAAGUCCAUCGACAAGCGCCUCCUCUCCGACGACCCCACCGACCGCGACUGCCUCGACAAGGAGCCCAAGAUCCUCACCCUCCUCAGCGGGCACCCCAACGUCCUCCAGAUCCACAAGGUGUACGAGGACGAGGACUACCUCCACAUCAUCACCGACCUCUGCGACUCGCCCGACCUCUACACCCGUCUCGCCGCCGGCGGGAAGUUCUCCGAGCCCGACGCGGCGUCGAUCUUUCAACAGCUCGUCUCGGCCGUCGCUUACUGCCACCGCGUGGGCGUCGCUCACAGAGAUAUCAAGCCGGAUAACGUACUCUUCGAUUCUAGGUACAACAAGGUGAAACUGGCGGAUUUCGGGUCGGCGGAGUGGUUCGGCGGCGGGACGAUGAGCGGGGUAGUGGGGACGCCGUACUAUGUGGCGCCGGAGGUGUUGUCGGGGAUGGAGUACAACGAGAAGGUGGACGUGUGGAGCGCCGGCGUGAUUUUGUACAUGAUGCUCGCCGGUGUUCCACCCUUUUACGGCGAUACCGCCGUGGAGAUUUUUGAGGCGGUGAUGCGGGGGAACCUGAGGUUUCCGACGAGGAUAUUCCGGUCGGUGUCGCCGGAGGCCAAGGAUCUGUUGCGGAAGAUGAUCUGUAAGGACGUUUCGCGGCGAUGGUCCGCUGAACAGGUUCUAAGGCAUCCAUGGAUCAUCAAUGGAGGAGUGACUCAAUCAAUGGCUGAUUUGACCUGAAAAAAUGAGCUUUAAAACUGAAGUGGCCUUUGAUGUACAUAAACCACCCAUGAUCUGGGGGUUCUUCCUAGUAAAAACUACAUAGAGAGAGAAAGUCCAAUGAAGCUCUGCACCCAUGAGAGAUUGAGGUGUUCUCUGUUUUGCCAUGUGUCGGAGAAAUCUCGAGGAGGGGGUAUUAUGCUACUACUGUAUAUAUUCUCGCCUUGUGUGUGUGUUUGUUUGGGAGAAAAACAGAAUCAAAUCCUUUUCUUUUUUGUAUGAAGGAGUGAUGUAGUAGAAGUUUUUGUACCAAGUGAUCCGAGAUUUUGAAUAAGAUGAGCAGUUAAGUUA